AUGAAGUUCUGGGGUGUGGAAGUGAAGCCGGGACAGACAGUUUAUUGCGACCCUGGUGAAGGGCGUGUUGUUCAUCUCACACAGGUUGCCCUGGGUGAAGCAGAGAAAGGAAGUGUCGGCAUACUAGUAUCUGCUAAAAUUGGUGAUCAAAAGGGGGCCAUUGGAACUCUGUCGGCUGAAAAUCACCCUCAUAUUCCUUGUGAUUUGAUCUUUGAGAAACAGUUUGAGCUAUCACACAGUUCAAAAACUGCCAGUGUGUUUGCGUGUGGUUACAAGAUUUUUGUGCCUAUCUGCGAGUCUGAUUCUAGCGAGCUUGAUUCUAGCGAGUUUGAUUCCAGUGAGUCUGAUUCCAGCGAGUCUGAUUCUAGCGAAGAUGAAGUGGAAACUGUAAACAAUCAAGUGACCAAUCGUAUUGUCGGCAAUGUGGUAAAGCCUCCAACAACAAAGGAUGAUAAAAAGGUUACAGAUAAACCUGACAGUGGUGAGGAUGAUAGUGACUUUUCUUCAGAUUCAGAUGAUGUAAGUGUGUUCGCUGAUGAUAAUUAUGCCGAUGAUGGGUACAGUAGCUUAGAUACCGAUUCUGAAGAGGACGGUACCGGUAGUGAAGAGAUGGAUACCAGUAGCAAAGAGGAGGACAAAGACAGUCCUAAGACUGAGGAUGGCAAGAAGGCGGUGGCCGAGACUGCCUUGAAGACACCUGCCUCUGACGAUACCAGUAGCAAAGAGGGUUCAGGUGAUGAGGAAAACAAGAACACUCCUAAGCCCGAGGAUGGCAAGAAGACGGCGGCCGAGACUGCCUUGAAGACACCUGCCUCGACAGCAUCAUCUGGCCCUUGUGCACUACAGCCCGAGGAUGGCGAGAAGACAGUGGCCGCCGAGACUGACUUGAAGACACCUGCCUCUGACGAUACCAGUAACAAGGAGGAUACAAAUGAUCAGGAAGACAAAAGCACUCCUAAGCCUGAGGUUGGCGGGAAGAGGGCGGCCGAAACCGCCUUGGAGACGCCUGCUCCUGACAAGAAGGCAAAGAUUGAAACACCAUCUGGCCAGGACGCCGAUGACAAGAAGACUGUCCAUGUGGCAACUCCCCAUCCAGCAAAGCAGGCCGACAAGGCGCCUGCAGGGAACAGCAAGCAAAACCUCAAGUCCAAAUAUGUCGGCGGCGCCCACGCCUGCAAGUCGUGCAGCAGGACAUUCGGCAGUGUUUCAGCGCUCCAAUCGCAUGAGAAGGCCAAGCACGCUUGA